AUGCCUGCAUCUGAAGCCAGCGACGAAUUCGGUGACGAUUCGAUUCACGGUGCGACGAGGAAGACUUUGUUGAAGAUCAAGGGUUUCAGUGAGAUCAAGGUGGAAAAGAUCAAGGAGGCUAUCAACAAGUGUCUGCCUUCAGCUUCGGGUUUCAUUACAGCAAUGGAACUCAGCCACCAACGCAAGAGAGUUGUCCAUAUCUCGACUGGUAGCAAACAAUUCGACUCAAUCCUUGGAGGCGGCUUUCAGAGUAUGAGCAUCAGCGAAGUGUUCGGCGAGUUCCGCUGCGGCAAGACCCAGCUCUCCCAUACGAUGUCUGUUAUCGCGCAGCUUCCCAGGGACAUGGGCGGCGCUGAGGGCAAGGUAGCCUAUAUUGAUACAGAAGGCACUUUCCGACCAGAGCGCAUUGGGCAAAUUGCCGAGCGAUUUGGUGUUGAUCCCGACUCUGCCAAAGAGAACAUCGCUUAUGCCCGUGCUUUGAAUAGCGAGCAUCAGCUUGAGCUGCUUAACACUCUCAGUAAAGAGUUCGUUGGCGGGGAGUACAGACUGUUGAUCAUUGACAGCAUAAUGAACUGCUUCAGGGUUGAUUUCUGUGGUCGUGGAGAGUUGGCUGAUCGCCAACAGAAGCUGAAUCAGUUUCUGAUGAAGCUGGCUCAUAUGGCUGAAGAGUUCAACGUGUGCGUCUUAAUGACGAACCAAGUCCAAAGUGACCCUGGCGCCAGUGCUCUCUUCGCUGGAGCAGAUGGCCGCAAACCUGUUGGUGGGCAUGUUCUCGCUCAUGCUUCCACGACCCGUGUCCUGCUUCGAAAGGGUCGUGGUGAGGAACGUGUAGCUAAAAUCCAGGACUCGCCAGACUGUCCUGAGCGCGAGGCGACAUAUGUUAUCACUAACGGCGGCAUCAACGAUCCUGAUAAGCAUUAUGAUCAUAAUGCAAUUUAUGCACAAUCCGAACCAAUCAAUGCUUCAUGCAGUAAAAUUUCCGCCCGCUACCUGCACCUAAUCUUCGAGGACAAAUUCCGGCGGAUUGUCAUCAACAACCUCGACUUCAACAUCAAAAAGAGACACUCGAAGGAGGCAAAAAUGAAGAAAGAAAUCGAGAUAGCAGGCUACACAGCCCUGCCUCUAAACCUUCAAAGCACACCUGCCUUCUCAACACCAGCAACACACUACCUCUACCUCCGCCCGCAUGAACCACGCAUUUCCGACGCCGACACCCCCCGAUCGCUUUUCCUCGUCAACACCCCCAUCGACACAACAGACACACAUAUCCGCCACCUAUUCGGUACGCAGCUUUCCGCCGGCCGCGUCGAGCGCGUUGACUUUGAGGUCACACGCACUGGGAAGAAGAAUGGCGCCGCGCAGAUGGCCCUUGUACAGGGCACAAAUAUCGCCAAGAGCAAGAAACGCAAGCGCGUGACGGCUGAUGAGCUCGAGAAUCGGUUGGAAGACGUUUCGCUUCCGCUGACAUGGGACCGCCAGCUCCACCGGAGCGGAUCGCAUGCGGUUGUUGUUUUCGUGGAUAAGGCUAGUAUGGAGGCAAGCUUGAAGGCGGCGAAGAAGGCAGCGCGGAAGGUCUCUACUAUUACCUGGGGUGAGGGCAUUGAGGAUCGGACGCCCGCGUCAGGCCUCCAGCGCUACAUCUCUCACCAGCGAGCGUGUUACCCUCCACGUGCGGAGCUGCUGCGUACGGUGAACGAGUACAUGAAUGUCUUUGCGGAGGUCGCGGAGGCUCGAAAGAGAGAGGCCGCGCGGCGGGUGGCGGAGCCCGACGAGGAUGGGUUCAUUACUGUUACGAGCGGGCCAAGACUUACUUCUGCGGCUGGCGAGGAGGAGGCGAAACGGUUGAUUGAGAAGCAGAAGAAGAGGGCAGAGGGAUUCGGUGACUUCUACCGAUUCCAGUCUAGGGAGAAGAGAAAGGAAAGGCAGAUCGACUUGUUGAAGAAAUUCGAUGAGGAUAAGAAGAAGCUGGAAGAAUUGAAGAUGCGGAAGGGGAAGAUUCGACCUGAAUGA